GUCGCGUGGGCUACUUCCCCCCAUCUUUCUGCCCUGUUUUGGAAAGGGUGGCUUUGGUGCCAGCCAAACCCCUACUGAAAAGCAAAGGCGUUGCUGCUGCUGCUGCAACAAGAUAGAAAAUCUGCUUUUGUCACCGCCUGACUGACAGGAGCUGGUAUUUCAGCAUUGCACCUCAGGCAGCAACAGGUUUCGAGUGCCUGUUCUUCUCAAAGGCGAAAGACGACCCGGCUGUGAGCCAGAGGGCAGCUUCCUCCCCGUUACCUGUGAAAGAGUCAGGACUCGGAAUCUGGCCGCACGUCCUAGAAGCUCAGCAACGACGAACGCAUUGGGGGGAGGGGGCGGGGAGGCACCGAAAGGAAAACAAGAGUUGCCCGCCGCCUCGUUCCGCGAAACAAAGGGGCAUUAAAAGGAGCAACGCGACACAGGGCCGGUGUUUGAGCCUCCCUCGUCUGCCUGUACAGGCAGGAGAGACAACCUCAAACAAAGGCAUUCCUGGCAAUCCCUUUCGCAGGCUCCUUCCGAGCACAGUCUGACCUCGAAAGCGACCCGCAGAGCCUCCUCAAGCAGAGGCGGCGGCGGCGAAUCCCGGCGCUUUGCGCGCGCGGCGUGCCUCGCAGUGGCGCGCGCUCUCUGGCACACGCGCCCGCAAGCAAGCUCUGUGUGCGCAGGCGGAGGGGAGCACGCAGCAGGGGCCAGCGCCAGCUCCCCGUCACGCAGGGGAGGCGAGCGAGCCGGAGUCACAUGCGGGGACACUCCCCUGUGGUGGCGCGGUGACCACUUCGGAGAGUUUGGCCCGUGUUCAAGCCUCAGCCGUGCCAGGACUGACUGUUGGGGAUGGUUCUUGCAGUUGCUCUGGACUCGGUGGUGGCGGCGGCAGCAGCGGCGGGCGCGCUGCGCGUCAAAGCUCGGCCAGGCGCAUCCCUCGCAGUGCCGCUGGCUUGAAGGCGGGACUGGCAUUUGGCACGGCGACUUCCUGCGCUCCAGGGAAAGUGUGGGGUGGGGACUCCGGAGGAGAAGACUGCAACCGACCCAGCUCGUGGGGCUGCAAAUGGGACGGGAGAUCCGCCUUCACGAAGCGGCCGGGUGCCUGCCUGACAGUCUUGCCCAAGAUGAGAUUGUGAUUUCCUCAGGGCAGGGAUCUGCUUGAAGCCUGCUCUGGAAAGAGGAGAAGCAGACCGGAGAAGGUGGAGAAAAAGUCUACAAUGAUCCUGUAAGCAAUGGAGGAUCUCUUUGAAGUUCAGUGAAAGCUCCUAUGCCAGCUUGCUCACCAAGGAGAGACUAAUGUGGAAUCUCCUAAAAUAUUCUGACAGUGUAAAGUAUAGCAAUUAAUUUAUUCCACUGAGAUAAUUGCAGAAAUAAAUUUUGGAAUGCUAUAGUUGAGACUCACUGACCAUCAAAAAAAGGGGACCAAAUUUCCCAAGCACUACACACUGAAGAAGGAAUACAAAGGAUGCCAUCCAUCACGAGACCUUCAGGUGAGAAUGGGACUGUCAACGAGGCGCAGAAGCGCUGCGGGGAGAUGGAGCAGCAGCAGGUAGCGUCGCCAGGGAAAGGUGCCGGCGAGCAAGUGGCGGAGCUGGGUAGUUGCGAGCAGCCCGCCUCGAUGGAAGGGCGCGUUGCUCCGGAGGAAGAGAACGGCGGCAGCUCCCCGGGACAGGGCGCGCAGCUGCCCUUGCAGGCGCCGUGCGGCUUCAGUUCCUCGCUCUGCUUCAGCUCGCCCGGCAGCGCAGACAAAGCCCCGACGCCGGAGCCCGACGUAGCCUCGUCCUCCUCCUCGUCUUGCAGCAGCAGCCGCCGCGUGGUUCAGAGCCAGUGGGAGAUUAACAACGCGGCGUCCGAGUCCGAAGAGGAGGAGAGCGCGGACAGCGGGAGAAGUUGCAGCAGGGGCCCGCCGCCGCAGCCAUCCCCUCCGGGCGCUUUCCGCCCAGCCCCUGAAGCUGGCGAGCAGCAGCUGGAGCCGUGCGCCUCGGAGGUGACGACGGAGGAGCCGGACCUGGUGAUCGAAGUGUCCGGGCGGCGGAUCCGGGCGCACAAGGCGGUGCUGGCGGCCAAGAGCGACUAUUUCCGCGCGCGCUCCUCGCGGGACAUCCUGCGCGUCAAAGGGGUGAGCUACGGGGCGCUGCGCCUGCUGCUGGAGUACGUCUACACGGCGCGCAUGGGCGAAGUGCGCCACGACAACUUGGCUGAGGUGGUGAGCGGCGCCCGCGUGCUCCAGAUGCCCUGCGCCUUGCACUGCGCCGCCGAGGCCAUGAGGGCGCAGCUGCGCCUCGACAACUGCUACCAGCUCCUGUGCCUGGCCAAGAAGCAGCGGCUGGCCGAGCUGCGAGAGGCCGCCUACCGCUUCAUGAGCGACCACUACUUGCAGGUGCUGCGCGAGCCCGCCGUCUACGGACGCCUUACCGGCGCCGAGAGAGACCUCAUCCUGCGUCGGCGCCUGGAGGCCGGCAAGCCCUGCCUGCUGGUGGCCGAGGUGAGCGACGCCUUCGAGAGGCUCAGCGCUGGCAGUCGGCCGCAGAGCCGCGAGAGUAGCCGCCCCCAAAGUCCUUCUUCCGUGGUGUCACUGGACGAGAGCAGCUACUUGCUCUACAGCUUCCAGGAGGCGGCCAAGGAGUGGAGAGUGCUGACCCGCCUGCCCGAGGAGGCCAAUGCCAAGGGGUGCGCCAUGUGCGUUCUCUACAACUACCUCUUCUUUGCCGGGGGCAUCUCCACAGCGCCAGGCGACCAGCGGGCCAGGCUCUCCGACAAGGUCUUUUGCUACAACCCUUUGACUGACACCUGGAGCCAAGUGAAGCCUAUGGGACAGCCUCGCUCGCAGCUGAAGCUGCUGGCUCUGGAUGGCUAUCUGUAUGCUGUGGGGGGCGAGUGUCUCUUCACAGUGGAGAAAUAUGACCCCCGGGCAGACCGGUGGAGCCCAGUGGCCCCUUUGCCAAAAGGUGCGUUUGCCGUGGCACAUGAAGCCACCACCUGCAAUGGGGAGAUCUACGUUUCAGGUGGGUCACUCUUCUACCGCCUGCUGAAGUAUGACCCCAAGCGGGACGAGUGGCAGGAGUGCCCUUACAACAGCAGCCGACGGCGCUCUGCUGACAUGGUGGCCUACAAGAGCUUCAUCUACCGCUUUGACGUGAGCAGCAGUCGGGAGCAAGGGCAGGUUGGUGGGGUAGAAGUCUUCCGGUACAAUACAGUGGCCAAGCACUGGAGUCAGUGCUCUUCCUUGCGCCCCAGCAGCAGCAGCCCCGCUGUGCAGCCCUUCCGCUGCGCCGCAUUGGGCAGCACCAUCUACUGUGUCAACCGGACUGGAGUGCUCUGCUUUAACUUGUCCCAGAAUGGUGAGGUGGAAGCAGAUGGUGGGCUCAAAGGCACCUUUGACGCAGAACUGCUGAAAGCCCCCUUUGAUACUAAAGGGGUCCUUCUUCCAUUUGUGCUCACUCUGCCGGAGAAGGAGAAAAUGGGGGAGCCAGAGAGUCCUCUGACAUUGUGAGAGGUGGCCUGGGAAUACCAUCUAACACACGUCUCCUCUCAGUGCUCUGCCCCCACCUAUCAUUGUUAACAAUGCAGGGCCUCCACCAAGGAAAAGUCUGGACUAGUGCAUCUGCUUUCCAAACUUCAAUGGUAGCAGAGCAGGUGGGUGGUGAGUGGGUUUCAAAGGCAGUAUAAGCAGCAGCAAGAAAUCCAAGGGUGGAAUGCCAUCUGUACAUUCCUUAACACCUUUACAGCUACAGAAGCAAAUUGAAGGCCAAUGUCAGAAAUGUCCUUCAUUUUGACCUGCAUGAACCAGUAUGGAGAAUUAUUAUGGUGUCUCACCUAAAGUGACCAGCUGGCUGUAACCAUUCUAAGCUUUUUAGUAUACUUUGUGUGUGGGGUGGGGGGAAUCACCUCUUGGCAUUACAUAACCAGCUAGUGAAAAGCUGCUGAAAUAGGUUAAUUAUUGCACAAUGCCUGUGCCACUUUCCAGACUAGAAUGUUGUGUGUUAACGUAUGCCUGGAGCUAUAUAAAAUUCAGGAAAGAAGAAGCUUUUAAAGGAGUUUCAAUUACAGGAUGGUUUUUUUGUACAUACACAUCUUUGAAAGAGGGUGUAUUUUUGCCACCCUCUACUCUUGGUUUUCUUCUGGAUGCUAGUAGUGAAAAAAGUUGCAGGCGUUGAGAGAUUCAAUAGGAUGGAGGCUUUAGAAAGAUUAACAGGAGAAAACAGAAUAUAUCCUGUGUUUAUAAGCAGUGGACUAUCAUCUGCGUCACCAUAUUUCUCUUUUCUAUUUUAUUUUCAAAGUGUAAUAGAGUAUAUUGAAGAAAUGGCAUUGUGCAGCUUCAGGAAGUGGCAACCACAGUGCAUGAUUAACAGGAGCCAGAUUUGAGACAAGUUAAAUAUAAUAUAAUAUGUAUGUACUGGGAAUAGGAGAAAACUGAAACAAAACCAUUGUAUCUUUUCAGUUUAAUUUUUGCUUCAUUUUUGUUCUUAACAUAACUUUGGUGUUGUUUUUCAAUCAUGGUUUUGCAUUGUAACUCGCAUGGUCAAAUCUUGACAAAUUGGCAAGACUGAGCAUAUCACCAAGUUCUUUGUAGGGAACUUCUUGGUGUGGUGUCGUUUUUCCACUUUUCUUUUAGUGCACUGCUGUUAACUGCAAAUUAGCAGAAGCCAAUGAAAACCAAUGUGGUUUACUUGAAUGUUAUUGCACAAAACCUGAAAUACUUCACUUUUAUGUCCAGAAUCUGUUAACAAGAAACAACUCUUCUAUUGCUCACAUAAGGAAACAGGGAGAAGUUUGCUAGACAAGGUUAUUUCCAUUCUGCCCUGGCAGCACCCUAGAUUUUAAAUGAGGGUGAUUUAUUAUAGUUAAUAAUUAACUUGUCAAGUUCAUUACAUACAGAGGCCAUAUAAGUUUGUUUCCAUUCUAAAUUUUCUGCUGAAUAAUUGCGUACCAGGCAGCACAUUCUGAGAACGAUAGAAACCUUCAUGCUCAUGGGCAGGUAAAGCACAUUAUCUGCCGUAUUAUACAUGGAUUGGUGUUGAACUGAACAUUUUCAGUUAUUUAAAGUUUGAACAAGGGUGAUUUCAAGGCUAGUGAUCUUCACUAUUUUUCAUGCAGGAGCCACUUUGGCAAAGAAACAAAAUAAACCCACACAUUCGAGGUGAGAGCCAUUUCCUACUGUGCUGACCUCUGUACAGUGCUGUGCUUUUCUCAAUGCUGGGAGGGCCCUUUAAGAGAGACCGAACCCUUAAGUUCUCAAGGAGAAAAGCGCUGGCAAAGGAGCUACACUUCACAGCACACUGUGCAUGCCAAGAUGGUGCAGGGACUCAAGAGGACACAGUUUCCCUUAAAGGAGCCCCCUGGUGCUAAGACAAGUGCAGCACUGCAUAGUGGGAAUGGUAGUCUCUGCAUAGUAUGCAUAAACCAGAUGGAUCUGCACUAUGCUAAUCAAAGGCCAUUUAAUAAAUAUAGCCGGCACAACUAAUAUGAAAGAAUAAAUAGUAACACAAUGUAACUAGUAUACUAAAUCCCCAAAUCCCAAGUACACAGAACAGGAAAUAUAUUCAGCAUAGGUGGUGCAAUGGAAGAUUGAAUCAAUCUGUAUUGUAGAAAUCCACUCAGUCUGUUUCGUUAAAGUCCAUUCUGUUACCAAUGUAUUUGCACAUUUCAGGUGCUGUCUAUAAUAUUUAAGAGUUAAUAAAAAUCUGGCCUUAGAGUGGGAGAUGUUCUCCUGCUAUUGGGUAUACAUAAUAUCAACUUGGAAAAUUGCUUAUGUCAUUGAAGAAGUGCCACUUCUGUUACCCUUGGAAUUGCCCACAAGUUAAUUGACCUGGGCGCUUUCCAGACUAGCUGCUCAACAGCAGCAAAAUGCCUCUGUUCAGGCAAGUCACAUUGAAAACGUAAGCAGCAGGGGGAGCAGUCUCACAACAACUAACAACCCGAAAAAAACCAGCAACUUCCUUACGCCAGAUAUACGACAUCCUAGCUCUGUAUCACAGCGAUUAAAUUUGAGACAAAGCAUUGGCAAUGUGAACGGCACCCUGCUGUCCGCGUAGGAACUGUGGUGUCACAACACAGGAAGUGUGGAAGCACACUUCAGAGAUCCGAUGUGACCCUGUUGCAGGGUCUAAUCUGGAAAGCGCCCUGGAUCCAAAGCGCACUAAGUUGUAGUAGCCUAGUGAACCUUUAGAUAUUUGAACAGCUUUCCCCCACCUAUGCCGUAUCACACGCUGCUUUUGAAAGGACCCUCCUUUUCAAAACUGGUUUUCUCUUAAGCUUGAGGGAAGCAGAGAAAAACUGCUGUUGGAGGAAAACCAGUCUACACCUGGGCAUCAAUAAUUAGUUUCAUGUUUUUUUGAAUUCUAGCUAUCCCUCUUUUAAUGAGAAAUGGCCAAGGCCUAUGCAUGUUUCCUUGUAAAAAAAAGUCUAACCAAGUUCAGUGAGAUUUAGUCCCAAAGUAAUAUGUAUGCAGCAUUCAGUUUCAAAAUGCACUCUUAAGUGUAAGUCUUCUAAGCACAAAAUAUUUAAAAGGUGUAUUUGCAUUCAUAUGUGUGUGUGCAUAUAUGUGUAUCUGUGUAUCUAUUAUAUACAUGUACACACAUACAAACACACACAAUAGAUUAAUUUGCCACACUGGUUUCUUUCUUCACUCAGAUAAAUAGAGUUGAAAACAGAUUCUGUGAGUGUGAUCUAUGUGCACUGCAGGUAUAGCAACCAUGCAUGGAGAUUUUCCAUAGACUCUACAGAGCUUUGCUUUCCCCUCCCCCUAUGCAUGUGCAUGGACAAGCUAUACAUGGAGUGCAGCAGGACAUUAGGAGGUGAAAAGGAGAUUCACUCUGUAAUGAAUCUACAUGGUGUCUAUACGUGGAGUACAUAGUUCCCAUAUUCCCAUCCAGCUGUCUUUCUCACUUGUUUGUACUUGUAAGGUUGCUUGUUUAGAGGCCAGAGGAGAGGCUAUAUGGGGAUAUGGGAAGUGUGCACAGACUGCUCUUUCCUCCCAGUGUCCUGUCAUGGUGCCUUUGUGGGUGCCUUUGGGAAUCCUUCAUGUGUGCCCCCAGUAUUUUUUAUCAGUGAUAAUUCAGCAACCUUGGUUUGACCUUACUUCUGAGAAGAUUGGCUUAUAGCACAUAACAACUUUGCUCUGUAACAAAGGGCUAUAGAAGACUCUUUUAAAAAUCUGUCAUUUUAGCAUAAUACUAAUAUUAAAAAUGGAAAUGUUCUAUUUCCAAAGGAAGACAGCCGGUUCUACAUGAACAAUCUUCAUGAGAUUGUUCAACGGAAGCACAGCUUGCUGUUUCAGGGGAACCUGCUAGUGGUUGUGCAACACCUUCCACUGGCAUAUGAACUAGUCUGGAACGGAAGUUCCUUUCUUUGCACUACACCCUUGCAGCUUGUCCUUAUGCUUGUGUAAAGGCAUUAAGCUAGUGUUAUGCUAGUCUGGAUCCUGGUGACAGGUUCAAAAUGAUUGGCACAAGUAUGAAAUAUUGAAGUAUGCACGUUCUUCUUGAAGUGGAGAAGGACUUCUGGACCAAUAUCUAUUAAAACUGACAAACAGGAAAUUAAAAAAAAAAACACUCAGAGUGUUUUGAAUCUAAACAUAUAUUAGGGAUUGGUAAUCUACUUUUCUACUCAGUCUGUGGAAUUUAGGAACAAGCCAUGAGAGAGUCUAGCACAGGGAUUCUCAAACUUGGGUCCUCAGGUGUUAUUUGACUUCAACUCCCAUAACCCCCAGCCUCAGUGGCCUUUGGUUGGGGAUUAUGGGAGUUGAAGUCCAAUAACACCUGAGGACCCAAGUUUGAGAAUCACUGGUCUAGCAGUAGCCUUUAUUUAUCAGAUUGCUUAUUUUCUUCCUGGUAAAGGUAUUUUUCUCUCAACGCUGUUGCCCCUUUAUUAAAGAAAAGUUAAAAUCAAGUGAAAGACUACUAUUGCUAUGUCUGAUAUGAGAAUUGUUUUGGCUAAAUGAAUGCAUUGUAACUAGUAUAAUAAUUGCAUCCUUGAGAAAUUUAGACAGAGGCUAACGUUCUGUGCAGUGGAACACCAGGUUUAGGAACCUGCUCGGGGCUGCUGCACAGUGUGAAAUGCAGCCCCAUUAAUGUUAUGCAACAUGGCAGUUGUGCAGCACAAUGACCAUUGUUUCCAGUGCAAGUAGCACUGUGCAUCUGCUGCCCAGAAGCUGCUCUGAGCUAUUGCUCAGUUGCCCUGUCAGGCAACACCAUUGGGGCUGCCUUUCACAUUGUGCAGCAGGCCUGGAAGGUCUCUGAUGCCAGCGUUCUGCUGCAUGUAAUGUUGGGCAUUUAGUCCAGGCUCACCCCACAGUCCUUCACCACACCCUUUGUUUAGGGGGCAUUUGUCUCCUUCCCCCCCUCCCUCCCUCCCUCCCUCCCCCAUUGGCAGCCCAUCUGUGCUCGGAGACCUGUACUUGUGGGAAGACUGCAUUUCUAAUGGCAUGCAUAGGGGACCAACUGGAUUAACUCCAAAAUGUUUCCAGGAGUGCAAGGAAGACCAAGGAAGACCAGAUCUGUGUAUUGAAGUGUUGAUAGGCACAUCUAACCUAGCUUGAAAUGUUCCGUAACAGUCAGCUAACAGAUUAUAGUGCCCUAAACGAAAAGCAGAAGAAAAGUAGUGUUAGAACUGCCUGUAGUCCAUGGAACAACAUUUCCAGAAAGAGGCGAAACACUUCCAUAUACUUCAGCCAGCCAUGCUCUGCUGCACAGUACAGGGGAACAAAUGACACCAUGUGGUUUCCUGGAUAUUUCAUCACAUAGCCUGAGACAGCAUUUUUAUAAAGUUCUAGUAAGGAAUAUACCAACUGUACCAUUUAUUUAUUUCAUGCCUAAUUUGGCAGUAUUUUUAACUUCUGCAGCUGGCUCAAAAUCAGGAAAUUGUAGCAAUACUUUUAUUUGUAGAAUUAUUCCCCUAAAAAUCCAACUAGGCUUUUAUAUCAUGGCCCGGCCCUGCCAUGUAAUAGACUCCCUGUAGAUCUUCAGAAAGCAUUUGUGAAGAACAUAUACAGAAAAACCUCAUUAAGCAAUUAAAUGAAAACAUUUAUAAGCACUGUUCCCAUUUUCUCUAUUUCAUCUAGUCCAAAAACAUAUGUAAAAUUCUAAUCUUGCAAUACUGGUAAAAAGGCGUCCUCUUUGAAGUUAAAGUUGAGUACAUGAGUGAGUUUUUCCAGGGCCAUAAUCUGGACUUAAUUACUAGCCAUUAAAUGCAGUUUCCUUUAUGUGAUGCCUGCAUAAUCAUAGCCAGAUUAUUGACUUUUCUAGCAACAUAUUGGCCACUUCUAAACUGAUUUCCUGCUUGAUGCCCUUCAUUUUCUCAUGCACAGGCCCAAAUCAGUCCUGUUGUGCUUUUAAUUACAACAUUAAGUUGGAUAUAAAGCAAGUUUUUCUACCACACAUUAGCUGAAAAUGAACUCGACUGCACAAUAACACUGAAUACAUUUAUUGCUUUUUAAAACAGAUCCGGUUUAUGCCAUGAACUCUUUUACAGGAAUAGCUGAGAAAGGAAUAACUCUACAUUUGAUCUACAAAAGAUCUCAUUAACUAGAAUGGGAGUUGUGCGAAUCGUACCUAUUUAAUGAAUUAACUAUUGUGCAGUCUUUAAUGAGUAUUUUAUGCAUAAUGAACUCUCAUAUAAACAAACACCUGAUACAAUUUCAACUACUUAAAAAGAAUACAUUGUUCCCUUGAAGGAAGUAUUUGUCUUGUGCUUUUGGUUAGCAAGCAGAGGAAUUGCUUUCAGUACUCAUCAAAACUUCCAUGAGUGGUUUAUUCCUGAGUUCCGCUCCUCGGUAUUUGAUUUGACUUAGCUACAGAAGCCUGUGGUGUCUACAAAAUAACACUGAUAUAUCAACACUGACACAAGAGCAAAGCUGUAAAACAGGAAUUUAUGCUGGCAUUAUAGAGUAAUUACAGCAGAGUCCUAUGUGUUCUGGUACAGGUUCUUAGAAUGGGGGUGGCAAUGAGGCGGCCUUUAUAGAUUAUAGUGGUGGGUAAAGGCUUGGCAGGAUGUAGAUGGGGCCAGUCGGACUGCUCCUUUCUACACAAUUGUCAUCUGCUCAGGAUCAGGGACAUCAAUAAAUAAUCAAUCAAUCAAAUGGAAAUUGCCCAUGCGACUGGCUUUUCCCACAUGGUGCCAGGUCUUUAAAUGUCAUAGCAACAACGAAGGAUGAAACCAUGGGAAAGCAGCCCCCAUGACAAGACUUACUUCUGAAUAAACUUGCAUAGGAUCAGGACAUUCACUUUAAGGGACAUUUUAUUUUGAUAGCAGAGUGGGGUCUCUAAGGUAUAAUAAUGUUUUGUACACAUCUAUUCAGAAUCCUCUUGUAGGUAUUACCAAUUUCAAUAGGAUUUUACCUGUAAUUCAGUUUAGAUCUGGAAUAUAAAACAAUGAAAAUAACCACAGACUGCUAAAUUGAUAAAUUAUUUGUUAUGGAGUGAUCUCGUGCAGAGUAGCUAUUUUACAGAAUAGGUGCAUUGUGGCCAUAGAUCCAGAAGUCUUAUAGUCCAAUCUUUCAAUAAAUUCAGCCAUAUAGUAUUUAAUGAUAUCAGACAGACUUUUGUUGUGGAAUGAGCUGAUGGGCUCAUUCACAAAAUACAGCUGCAAUUUUUAAAAAGCACAUGGAUGAAUCAGUGCAGUCAGUCAGAAAGCCCCCCCUCCCCCAGAGGAGUUUCUAAUGCCACCUACAAUGGUGGUAUAAAGUACCAGGAAAGUGUGCAGGCGGUGCAUGUCAGAGGAAAAAGGAAAAACCUGUGGCAUUCACAUAAGGGCCGAAUCUAACAAACUGUUACUUGGAGGAAUACUUGAAAUUUUAAAAUAAGUUUUUUUUAAAGUUACCCUGAUGAGAACAGAGUUCAGUCUAAAAAAAAAAUCACAGUCUAAAACACUUUGCAGUUGGCAUAUUCAUUUUUGGCCCAUAAGGACUAAUCUUUCUACAGGACUAAUCUUUCGUACCUUAUAUUUAAGCAGCUUUCCCACUAUGCAUACAUUUCAAGCUUUUUAAAAAACGAAAAAGUGCUUAGCUCCUGGCUCCACUGAAGUCAGGGGGUGGGGGAGCACAGAUGUUCAUCUUAGGGAGGGAAAAUGUGAGUAUAUGUAAUGGGCUUUCUUUUCCAAAUCUAUUUUUCACAGCAAAAUAAUAAUGGGUGAAAAAAAGGAGAUGGUACUCCCAGUGUCGUGCAAGUGCCUAUGGACUGAGGUAAUUGUUUCCUGAUUGCUUGGUGAGAUUCCAAUGGAUUUAGAAGGCCUUAAAAUAAUGAGUGUCCCAUAGAUUGAUUUUUUCAGGGUUCUCAAAACAUGGUGACCAUGUAGCCCAUUGGGUGUGAGAUCCAUUCAGGCAAUUUAGAGAAUCCCGUUCAACAAUCCCUUGAAACAAACAUUGUAUGCUACACUGACUGAAAAAGUUACUGUAGGAUAGGAAAAGAACAGUAAUCAAAGCCCCCACCCCCAGCUGCCUUCAGUCCUAUGGGACUAUUAACAAUAAGACUGUUAACACAUGACUAAUUGGAUGCAGGACUGAAGCCAACUUGUACCAUCAUGAGCUCCAUUUAAUUCUAACUAGUUUUGAACACUUGACCUGUUUUCCAGCACAUUCCAGCCAGUUUUCCAAACAUGCCCAUUAUACUUAAAACAAUAUUUUAGUAAUGGUUAGGUUUUCUUCCCUGCCCUGCCCCAGAUUCUUUUCUGUAGUGAGAGAGCAUCUUGGACAGUAUAUGAUGUUUCAAAAAGUUGGUUUGGAGCUUUGUAAGGUUUGGAGUUUCUAAUGGAAAAUUCUGAAUAAAUUUCUUCAGAGAUUUGUGUUGAUGCUGCCACUUAUCACAGAUUAACUAAUGCAAAUGCUUCAGACACUGUGCGCAAUUCAAGUGAACUACAUGCAGAGCAAGUUUAAUUUGUUACCAGUUUAUAAAUGCACAGGCAAAGAUUUCCAUAAAGCUUUUUAUGUACUUUGGCAUAUGCUGUAAUGGAAUAAAUACAAGCAGAAAACAAAUGCAGCCUCAUGGAGGUUUGCAAUUGGUCAGUGUCUUUUUUUAAAAAAGUAUCAUUCUAACAUUGUUUUAUUCAUUCUCCUACCACCACUAAAAAGGGUUGUGCUGAA